GAAUAAGUCGGAUCCAUACGUGCCCACCAAAAAGGAUAUAUAACUUCAGCAAGGACCUGCAAUCCCAGGCGAUAUCCUGGUUGAGCCCAACGGAAUACAAAAAGGAUACGCGAUCAGUGAACUCAAGUGUGAAAGGUGGCCGUUGAAAAGUGAAUUGUUACUAUACCACAAAAGCCAAUAUCGAAUAUCGAAUUAGUGUCUUUCGAAAUAUUUUUGCGUAGUUGGGUCCUCAAACAGACUGAGCCAGGACAAAGCCCCCAGAAUGCCGAGCAAGAAGAAAGCCCAUGCGGAGAAGGCGGCGGCGGGGGAAGAUGGAGAUAUUGUGAUCUCGGGACUAUCCGGUAAAUUGCCGGAGAGCAGUAACAUCGAGGAGUUCAAGUACAACCUGCUCAAUGGCAUCGAUAUGGUCACAGAUGAGCCCCGUCGCUGGGAAGCAGGCAUCUAUGGCCUCCCCGAGCGCAUGGCCAAGAUGAAGGACUCCGAUCUGGAGAAGUUCGACGACAAGUUCUUCAGCGUGCACCAGAAGCAGGCGGAGCUGAUGGACCCCUGCAUGCGGAUGCUGCUCGAGCUGACCCACGAGGCGAUCAUCGAUGCAGGGAUCAAUCCCGUCCAGCUGCGUGGCAGUCGGACGGGCGUCUACAUAGGCCUGUCCUUCGUGGAGACGGAGCACGAGAUCCCCAAUAUGGAGCCAAGCAGCAUCAAUGGCUACUGCUUGACAGGAUGUGCGCGUGCCAUGUUCGCCAAUCGGAUCUCCUACACGUUCGACUUCAAGGGACCCAGCUUCAUCGUGGACACCGCCUGCUCCAGUUCGCUGGUGGCCCUGAACCACGCCUUCGCGGACAUGCGGGCAGGUCGCUGUGACUACGCCCUGGUGGCGGGGGUGAAUCUCAUCCUGAAACCGAUCUUUGCCCUCCAGUUCCUGCGGCUGGGCAUCGUGAGCCACGACGGCUCGUGCAAGACCUUCGAUGCGGCUGCCAAUGGCUAUGCCCGGGCGGACACCUGUGCGGUGGUCCUGCUCCAGCGGAGGAAGGAUGCGAAGAGGGUCUAUGCCAGCAUCCUGAAUGUCCGCACAAAUACGGACGGGUUCAAGGAGCAGGGAGUGACCUUUCCCGAUGGUCGCAUGCAGCAGGCUCUGCUGGAGGAGACGUACAGCGAGAUCGGUCUGAAUCCCGACGAGGUGGUCUACGUGGAGGCCCACGGCAGUGGAACGCCCGUGGGCGAUGACCAGGAGGCCAACAUGCUGAGCAACUUCUUCUGCCGGAAGUCGCGAUCCAGUCCGCUGCUCAUUGGAUCCGUCAAGUCCAACAUGGGCCACGCGGAGCCCGCUUCCGGGGUGAGUGCCCUGGCCAAGAUGAUCAUCGCCAUGGAGGAGGGUGUGAUACCAAGGAAUCUGCACUACCGCACGCCGAAUCCCUCGGUGCCUGCCUUGGUGGAUGGACGUCUGAAAGUGGUGGACAGGAAUCUGCCCUGGCAGGGUGGCAUCGUGGGUCUGAACUCCUUUGGCUUUGGCGGCGCCAAUGCCCAUGUGGUGCUCAAGUCGCAUGGGAAGACGAAGGUUAAUAGGGCAGAGCAAUCCCUGCGGUUGGUCACCUGCUCCGGGCGCACGGAGGAGGCAGUGCAGCAGCUGCUCAAGGUGGCCACCGAUCAGCGGCAGGAUCAGGAGCUGCUCACCCUCAUCAACGACAUCCACUCGCAUCCCAUUCCCCUGCAUCCGUUCAGGGGCUACGCCGUCCUCGGUUCCAGUGGCGCCGUCAAGGAGGAGGUGCUGCCCUACGAGGAGGAGGAGCGACCCAUCUGGUUCGUCUACGCCGGCAUGGGCAGCCAGUGGGCCAGCAUGGCCAAGGAUCUCAUGCAGCUGGAGGUGUUCCGAAAGUCCAUAGAGCACUGUGCCGAGGUGCUGGCCAAGGUGAACUUUGAUCUUAUAGACGUACUGACGCGAUCCACGGAACGCACCUUCGACAACAUGUUGUACUCCUUCGUCUCCGUCUCCGCCGUUCAGGUGGCCCUGACGGAUCUCCUCCGCGUGCUGGACAUCCGUCCGGAUGGAAUCAUUGGCCACUCGGCCGGUGAGCUGGGAGCAGCCUACAUGGACGGCUGCCUGACGGCGGAGCAAACGGUGUUGGCUGCUUAUUGGCGCGGCAGGAGUGUCCUGGACACUCAGGAUUUGCCACGCGGAAAGAUGGCCGCCGUGGGUCUCAGCUGGGAUCGAAUCGAAUCCCACAUCCCCGAGGAUUGCUAUCCAGUGUGCCACAACAGCGAUGAUAACUGCACAGUUUCAGGACCGCCUGACUCCAUGGAUGCGAUGAUAGAGAAGCUCACGGCGGAGGGAGUCUUCGUGAGGGAAGUGGGCUCCGGUGGCUAUGCCUUCCACAGUCCGCUUAUCGAAGGAGCAGCUCCCAUGCUGCGCAGAAAUCUGGAGAAACUCAUCCCGGAGCCCAGGGAGAAGAGUCCGCUUUGGCUGAGCACCAGCGUGAAAGAAGAGGAUUGGGAAUCGGAGAAGAACCACCUGGCAUCCGCUGGUUACUUUAUCAACAACCUGAUUUCACCCGUGCUCUUCCACCAGGCCAUCAAGAAGAUCCCACAGAAUGCUCUCAUAGUGGAGAUUGCACCCCAUGGUCUCUUCCGGGCCAUCCUCCGAUCCCUGAGCCCCCAGAUCAGCUAUGUGAGUCUCAUGCAGCGCGGACAUGCCAACAACUUUGAGUUCCUGCUCAGCCAGUUGGGCAGACUCUUCGCCGCCGGUGGACAGCCACAGAUCCUGAGGAUCUCCCCACCCGUCAGCUAUCCCGUUUCCCGCGGCACUCCGAUGUUGGGUUCCCUGGUGGGCUGGGAUCACUCGCAGAAAUGGAACUACCCCAAGUUCAAGGGCGGUCGCCAGGCUGGCCAGCUGAGUGUGGAACUGGAUUUGGGCAAGGAGGAGAACGCCUAUCUGGCGGGGCACACGAUCGACGGGAGGGUCCUCUUCCCGGCCACCGGCUACAUGACCCUGGCCUGGAUGAGUCUCGCCCAGCAGCAGGGACUGGACUACCUGCGCACGCCCGUCCUCUUCGAGGAUGUCGUCUUCCAUCGGGCCACGAUCCUUGGCGUGGGCACUGCGGUGAAGCUAACACUCAACUUCUUUCCCGGCAGCAGCUCCUUCGAGAUCUGCGAGGGCAGCAGCCUGGUGGCCUCGGGCAAGAUCCGCCUGGUCACCAAUGUGCAGCAGGAGCAGCUCCAGCUGCCUUCGCUGCCCGGCAUUGCUGGCUCCAACAAGCUGGGCACCAAGGACAUCUACAAGGAGCUGCGGCUGAGGGGCUACGACUACAGCGGAGUUUUUCAGGGAAUUCUCGAGACGGAUAUUGCGGCGGUAACGGGUCGCCUGCAGUGGGCGGGCAACUGGAUCAGCUUCAUGGACACCAUGCUGCAGUUCCGCAUCCUGAGCAACGACAUCCGGGAGCUCUACGUGCCCACGGGCAUCGAGAGGGCGCUGAUCGAUCCGCUGAAGCAUCUGGAGCUGGCGAAGAAGCACCAGCAGAAGCUGACGGUCAACUGGCACCGCAACAUCUCGGUGGUCAAGAGCGGCGGAGUGGAGAUCCACAAGAUGAAAACGGCUCAGACGCAGAGAAGAUCUGGGGGUCAAGCGGCACCCAGCUUGGAGCGCUACAGGUUCUGGCCACAUUUCCAGCACCUCGGACAGCGGGAGGAUCAGCUGAAGUCGAGGAGCACAGCUAUGGCGGUGGCCAUUCAGCUGGUGAUCGAGAACAGUGGAGGAGCUGUCAAGCUCAAGGGUGUGGAACUGGCUGGAGGGCGGACCAAUUUGGAUGCCCUGCAGUUACUUCAGUUGAUUGAACGAGAACCCAUCCUGGUGGCCGACAUGGCGGUGGUCACUAGCUCCUCUUCCAGCGAAACCGAACUCAGUGAGCAGCUCAAGGAGCAUGGCAUUCGAGUGAUGGUUAAAGAUAUCUCAGUUGGGGCAGUGGAGCAGCAGUGUCAUUUUGUCUACGCCGUGGAUAUAUUAGCCAAAAACUCCCUCAAGGAUCUGCAGCACUGCUUGGAUAGCCUGAAGGAGGAGUCGGGUUUCCUGCUCCUAGAAGAAACCGCCAGCAGAUAUAAUAUAAUAGGAAAGGAGAAGCUGAGUAAACUCAAGUUGCUGCCCGUUUUGGAGCAGUUCCUCGGGGCAGAUCGAGUGCUUGUGCUGGUUAGGAAGUCUCCUAAAGGACAGUUAACCGAAUCCCUGACCCUUCAGCUGACCAACAGGCAGUUCAAGUGGGUCAACGAACUCAAGAGUUACCUAGCCAAAGCCCAGGCGGAGCAGAAGAAUCUCUACCUGGUGGCGCAGGGUGAACCCAAUUCGGGAGCUCUGGGUCUAAUGAACUGUUUGAAAAGGGAAGCCGGAGGCAACUGCCUACGCCUCUACCUCAUCCUUGAUGAGGGACUGCCUCAGUUUUCCCUGGAUGAACCCUUCUAUGCCGAUCAGUUGGCCAAGGAUCUGGCGAUCAAUGUUUAUAGGAAUGGAAACUGGGGCAGCUAUCGUCACUUGAUAAUGGAAUCCCAGGCUCCCCUGCUUCCCGUGGAGCAGGCCUAUGUGAACACCCUGGUCAAGGGUGAUCUCUCCUCGCUUCGCUGGAUAGAGAGUCCUCGGACGAGUCCUAGCCAAUCGCACCUGGAGCCCUGCACCGUCUACUAUGCUCCUCUGAAUUUCCGGGACGUAAUGCUGGCCUCGGGCAAACUGGGAGUGGAUGCUCUGCCCGGGGAUCUGGCCUACCAGGACUGCGUCCUUGGGCUGGAGUUCGCUGGUAGGGACUCUCGUGGCCGUCGCAUCAUGGCCAUGGUCACUGCUAAGUCGCUGGCCACCAACUGUUUGGCCAACAAGAAUCUUCUCUGGGAAAUUCCCGAGAAAUGGACCAUGGAGCAGGCCUCCACGGUGCCCUGUGUCUAUGCCACUGUUUACUACGCUUUGGUGGUCAGGGGUCAAAUGAAGGAGGGUGAGAAGAUCCUUAUUCACGCUGGGUCUGGGGGAGUGGGUCAGGCGGCCAUCUCGGUGGCCCUCGCCCAUGGACUCACCGUCUUCACCACCGUCGGCAGCAAGGAGAAGCGCGAGUUCCUGCUGAAGCGAUUCCCCAAGCUGCAGGCCAGGAAUAUCGGCAACUCGCGGGACACCUCCUUCGAGCAACUGGUCAUGAGUGAAACCCAGGGCAAUGGAGUGGAACUGGUGCUCAACUCGCUCUCCGAGGAGAAGCUGCAGGCCUCCAUCCGCUGCCUAGCGCUCAACGGACGCUUCCUGGAGAUCGGCAAGUUCGAUUUGAGCAAGAAUACUGCACUGGGCAUGUCGGUGUUCCUCAAGAACACCUCCUUCCACGGCAUCCUCCUCGACAGCGUGAUGGAGGGCGAGGAGGAGAUGCAGCUGAUGGUGGCCAAGCUGGUGAGCGAGGGCAUCAGGAGUGGAGCUGUCCAACCUCUACCCACCACUGUGUUUGCGGAGCAGGAGAUCGAGAAGGCCUUCCGCUUCAUGGCCUCCGGCAAGCACAUUGGCAAGGUGGUGGUCAAGGUGCGUCUGGAGGAGGAGCAGCAGGCCUCUCUGCCGCGACUCCGGCACAUCCAGGCCAUUCCGCGCUCCUACAUGCAUCCCGAGAAGAGCUACAUCCUGGUGGGUGGACUGGGAGGCUUUGGCCUGGAGCUGGCUCACUGGCUGGUCUCCCGAGGAGCCCGCUUCCUGGUCUUGAAUUCCCGCUCCGGAGUGAAGAGCGGCUACCAGGCGCUGAUGGUCCGUCGCUGGCACGAACGGGGCGUCCAGGUGCAGAUCGAUACCAAUGAUGUGACCACCGCCGUGGGCUGCCAGAAGCUGCUGGAGGUGAGCAAUAAAUUAGCACUGGUGGGGGGCAUCUUCAACCUGGCGGCGGUGCUGCGCGAUGGAUUGAUUGAGGAUCAGAGCCCAAAGAACUUUGAAAAGGUCACGGCUCCCAAGCUGCUGGCCACCCAGCAGCUGGACAAGAUCUCCCGCCAGAUCUGCCCCGCCCUGGAGUACUUUGUGUGCUUCUCCAGCUUGUCCUGCGGUCGGGGCAACGCGGGACAGGCCAACUACGGCCUGGCCAACUCCGCCAUGGAGAGGAUCUGCGAGCAGCGACAGGAGUACGGCUAUCCGGGCACCGCCAUCCAGUGGGGAGCCAUCGGGGACACGGGAUUGAUCCUGGAGAAUCUCGGCGACAACGAUACCGUGAUUGGAGGAACCCUGCCGCAGCGGAUGAACAGCUGCCUGGAGACGAUGGACCUGUUCCUGCAGCAGCCCCAUCCCGUCAUGGCCUCCAUGGUGGUGGCCGAGAAGCGCAAGACGGAGCAGGCCAACCGGCUGAGUCUGAUGGCCACCAUUGCCAACAUCAUGGGCUUGAGGGAUGUGAAGAGCGUCUCGGACAGGACGACCCUCUUUGACCUGGGCAUGGACUCGCUGAUGAGCACGGAGAUCAAGCAGACGCUGGAGCGGCACUUUGACCUGGUGCUGAGUGCCCAGGAGAUCCGCCAGCUGACCUUCAGUGCCCUAAGGCAGAUCGAUGCCCAGGAGGCAGGCUCCUCAUCCACCCAAUCCUCCUCCUCCUCCUCGGCAAAGGAGGAGCCCCGCGUGGAGGUGCAGCCACAGAGCGAUGAGACGCGCAAGGUAUUCGCCAAGGAAGUAUUACCCCAGCAGGUUGCGGUGCGCCUAAGGUCGAAGGCUCCGGUGGCCAGCGAGGAUCCGGCCGUGUUCUUCCUGGCCCCCAUCGAGGGAUUCACAAUAGCCGUGGAGGCGCUGGCCUCGUCGCUCACCUGCCCCGCCUACGGGCUGCAGUGCACCGAGCAGGUGCCCCUCGAGUCCAUCGAGGCCUGUGCCGCCUACUAUCUGCGCCAGAUCCAGCGGCUCCAGCCUUUGGGUCCCUACCACAUCGUGGGCUACUCCUACGGCUGCCUGCUCGCCCACGCCAUCGGGGUGGCGCUGGAGCAGCGUCGCCUCGGCGUCAAGGUCAUCAUGCUGGACGGAGCACCCACCAUGGCCAGCGGCUAUGUCCAGGAGGCCAAGAAGCAGACCGACGACCUCAACCGCCAGCAGUCGAUGACGCUGGCCUACUUCGGAGCCCUGCUCGCCGAUGUGGACUACAACCAGCUGCUGCAAGUUCUAGAUGGGGUAAAGUCCUGGCCCUCCAAGCUGGACAAACUGGCCGACACUCUGGCGGUUCACACGCAGCAAACCAGAGAAGUGAUCAAGAAGGCCGCCUGCAUGUUCAAACAGAAACUGCUGCUUUCCGAAAGUUACAAGGGCGCCAAGCAGCUCCACAGCGACGUGGUGCUGAUCAAGUCGGCGGAGCACAAUGCGAUCAUGGCCCAGGAUUAUGGCCUAAAGGAGAUUUGCAGUGCCCAUAUCGAUAUGCAUGUGGUGGAGGGCACUCAUCGGACUUUCCUCAAGGAGCCGCACACUCUUCAGAUCAUCGAACGCGUCCUGAGGAAGCGUCCCUAGUGGAGGACCUGUAGUUUGUAGUCCUAAUCAUUCGAUAAAUUCUUCUGUAGAUCUUAAUGUACCCCCUAACCAUUUGAAUACACGUAGCAAUCUCGCAUUGAUUGCUUAAUUAUAAUCAACUUACUUUAAUACAGACGA